CGGCGUUGCGGAGCGCCUUCAAACUGGCCAAUCGUCGGCCCGAGACGCGCCUGUCGCGCCGCGUUUAAAUCCCAGGCCGGGGCGGGGCCGCCGGGUGUCGCCGUCGCUCGGGUGAAGGAGGCGGUGGCUCGGGCGGGGUCCCCUCGCGCUUUCGUGACUCCCUGACAGCCCUCGCCGUGGAAGGAGGACACACCGGCGACGCGCCUUCAGCCAGCCAGCCAGCCAGCCAGGAGAAGCAGAGAUGGAUGUCCCCAAGGAGGAUGACAUUCUUCUCUUGGCUGAUGAAAAAUUUGACUUCGAUCUUUCAUUGUCUUCUUCAAGUGCAAAUGAAGAUGACGAAGUCUUCUUUGGACCUGUUGGGCAUAAAGAAAGAUGCGUCGCUGCCAGCUUGGAAUUAAAUCAUCACAUUCCCGAAGAACCUCUUUUGCCAGCCUCGGAAAGUCACUUCACCUGGAGUCCUCUCACUGGGGAAAAAUUUGUGGAAGUGUAUAAAGAAGCUCACUUAUUGGCCUUACAGAUAGAAAGCAAGAGCAAAACCAAGGCAGCCCGAGAUGUCACAGCUGAAGAUCUUUGGAGCCAGGGCAUGGAAAGAUUUAUACAGGAAUCAAAAUUAAAAAUAAGCCUAUUUGAGAAAGAAAAUGAAAUGAAGAAAAGCCCCAAGUCACUUAAGAGGGAGACCUAUUACCUGUCAGACAGCCCCUUGAGGGGCCCACCACUUCUGGGAACCCAGACCCCCUCGGGCAUGGCCCUCCCAAGCCCUCCUGCCCAGACACAGGGACCGCCACACUCACCCCGCUCUUCUUUGCCAGUGGAACCAAGUAGUGCUCACCCUCCAAACCAGGCAGGGACUCAGAGGAAGGUCAUCAGCAAACUGGUGCGGCCCCGAGCUUCUUCUGUGAGAGGGAAAAACAUUCAUGUGGCCACUGAGCAGCCUAUGAAAAGGAUACCAGCCAGUCCUUCCAAUAUGAAAGUCUUCAGUGAGAAGGAAUCCCACAGGGACAUGCCCCCUGACAAAUCCAGCGCCACCCGGGAGCUCACUAGCUUGCCAGCUGGUGGAAGCCGCUUGGUCCAAGGCAAGCGAUCCCUCCCAGUUCCAAACAAGUUGGGGCUGAAGAAAACCCUGUUGAAACCAGCUGGUUAUGCUGGUGGUCUUUCAAGAAAGUCCUCUUCCUCGGGAUCCGUUUCAGCUGUGAUUUCUAGCCCAUGUGCUUCUCCAGCAGCCGGCAGGGCUAGAUCCAGUGAACCCGCAAGCAUUUCUGCAGGCAGUUCCCCGCCUCUGUCGAACAGCAGCCCGUCAGGCAGGACGGGACCUGCCACACCGUGGCAGACUGUGCAGGCAGGCCCUGCGGGUACCUCCUGUGGGCAGAGCAGAUGGGCCGCGACGGCCGAGGUGAUGGCGGAGCCGGCCAAGGCGCCCACCCCAGGGGUUCUCGCCCGAGCCCCGACGCCAGAACGGGGAGGCCCGGGGCUGAGCUCCGGCUCCACCUGGUCACAGCCCUGUCAGUUGAAUGCAGCCUGGAAUGCGAGAAGGCGUGACUCCUCCCUACUCUGCAGGACUCGGGCUGUGCCCACCCCUACAAGUCAAUUUAAGAUCCCCAAGUUUGCUACUGGUGAGCCCCCAGACAGCGCAACGCCGAAGUCCUGUCGGGCACAGAGGCCACAGUCCUGCACGUCGGCGGGGAGGGUGAUUGUCCAUAGCACUCCUGCUAGACGCUCAUCAGUGGCGGCCCCACAGAGUCUUGUAAGCAGUACUAGGACCCCCAUGAGUACUAAGCACGUGUCAGCCCUGCCCACACCUGCCAGCCGUCGGCUCUCUGGCCUUCCAUUUGUGACCCCUAAAACUAUGCCCAGAGCUCUGGCUUCACCCCUGUAUGUGUCUGCUCGGCGGCUUUCUUCGGAGCCCCGGGAAAAGUCUUCAGUGAGAGCUGCACCCACGAGGGGGGGCAACAGCAAGGCUGCCUCUAGGCGCGAGGACUCGUCGCCUGACGGGCCUUUUUCCCCUCCGUCGGCCGUGCCGCAGGCACUUCACUUUUCUCCAGAAAAGAGUGACUUGGCUUUUUCAAGAGGUAUCAGCACAGAAGUAGAGCUGGACGCAGCCCCGCCGCCUGGAGAUACACCUGCUAGUGAGGCUAUUCUCGUGGAUAUCAAACUGGAUCAACUUGCCAUCACUCCGAAAGCGGAAAGCAUGGCCCUCAUCGACGUCCCUCUCAUUGACUUUUGCAAUAGUCCAGAAGCACGCGUGGCUGUGGGGUCUGAGAGUAGACCUCUGAUCGACCUGCUGGUAAACACUCCGGACGUGAAGAGAAGCACUGCGUCCAAGGCUGCACAGGAGGUGGGGCAGCUGAUAGACUUGGCUUCUCCUCUGAUCCAGCUGAGUCCCGAGGCUGACAAGGAAAACGUGGAUUCUCCACUUCUCAAGUUCUGAGGAGAAUACAGUCCUCUGUGUUUUAGUCUUUCUAAAAGAACUGUCAGUCCUAAGGUGGAUUUCAACCCUUAGAUAUAAUCACAGGAGUUGUGUUGGGGGAAAAACUAACCCUCAGGAAAGGUCCCAUGCCCAGAGGGGGUGCUGCAGGACUGGGGGUUUUGGGGCUCCCGAGGUCACUGCUGCCCCGUAGCUCCCCUCUGCGCUGCCCCGAGCACCGGGCUGGAGCAUGGAGUUGCAGUCGCUCCAGAUGAAGGCUUUCGUUUUGAGUCUUCUGUAUGUAAAAUAGCAAGUGACUGUUUUUUAAAAUUAAGUUUGUAUGAAAAGUAAAAUAUUCUAGAUUUAAAUUAAAUUGUAAAAUAAAUGAAAAUUAUUAA